AUGAAGAAUCUUGCGAAUAUAACAGCUGUAAAGAAAGAUAAAAGAAUGAACACGUCUUUUAUAUCGCAUAAUCGUAGAAUUGAGGGUUGGCGAACGACGACGACGAUGAGGACGGAUAAAUAUCUGUCAAUACGAUUAACGAGGAUUUUAAUGAAGCUUAUCGGUUACUGGCCCGCCGAGUCAAAAAGCGAAGGAAAAUUAUUGAAGGGACUUUUGAUUUAUACGUUAUUCAUGAUUGUUGUAGCCAUAUGGACAGAAGCAACCGAAUUGUAUUUAAGUACAGGCGACUUUUACGCCGUUACGUACACUCUGUGCACUGCCACGCCAUUGAUCAUAAUUUUGUUGAAACUAAGCUUCUUUCUACAUCAUCGGAAAGAAAUGCUGGGCAUGCUGAAAUACACGGAAGAUAAUUUUUGGUACGUUCAGUACGAUGCGUAUGGCACUAGAAUUGUGGAAAAAAUCGACCGAAAGGGGAUAAUAUUAUUAUUCACAUUUACAUUCUUCGUUCAAGGAGCCGUUUUCACAUAUAUACUGGCGCCUAUAAUUGAAAAUAGGGGAAAAAACGAAACCGAGAGAAUACUCAUUUUUAAUGUCUGGGUCGGAUUUCCGACAAAUGUCUCGCCUAACUUUGAAAUACUUUUUUUUUUACAGACUGUAGCGAUAAUUCACUCGGGCCUGUGCUUCUGUUGCUUCGAUAAUCUCUUAGGUCUGAUAAACAUGCACACCGCUGGCCAAUUUAAAAUGCUUCAGCAUCGCCUGGAAACCAUUCUCCAGAAAGUCGAACGGAAAAAUACCGUAAAAUUAUUCGAUGAAAAAAUGGAACACCAAAUGUUCGAAGAAAUUGUAGAAUGCAUCACGAUACAUCGCAAGUUAAUCUGGUACAGUGAAAAAAUGGAAUAUUUCUUUAUGUAUACGACCCUCGCUCAACUCCUAGUAUCCUCCGUCUUGCUUUGUGUCGCGGGUUUGCAAAUAUUGUUGAGCCACGGUAUGACGAUCGUCAGACGAAUGAUAUUUAUUGCCCAUUCAAUUGCAUGCUUCUUCCAAUUGUUCCUGGUUACGUGUACGUCGAACGAUUUGAUGGACGAGAGUCGCGCAAUAGGAGACGCGGCAUACAACGCCAAUUGGCAAGUUUUAUCCCACAAUGACAACAAAGGCGUGAGAAAUGCUAUUCUGAUGAUCAUAAUACGAGCCAUGCGCCCUUGCUCGAUAUCCGCUGGUGGAUUUUUCCCGGUAUCCCUCGAAACCUUUAUGACGGUGUUGAGCACCGCGGUAUCCUAUUUUACUUUGCUUCGCAAAUUCCUCGGGGACGAAGGGAUAUAA